AUGGGCUUUAUAGAACCAGGAAGGUCGCUAAAGAAACGUAAGAUCAAAAAAAUACAUCAUGCUAAAGUUUUGCAAUAUAUUCCACCUAGAAAAUCAAUUUUAGAAAAGUUGCCACAUGAAAUAUUGUAUAGAAUAUUUGUCUUAACUGGCUUGAAAGACAACAACUUACCAAUUACGAAUAAAUACUUUAAUAAGAUCUUGUCGUUUAAUCGUAACCCAGAAUAUGAUACUUAUUGGCCUGGAAAAAGAAUUCUAUUAGAUAUAGUCGACAUUCAUUUCUCAUUUGAUUUGAAUCAAAACAUUAAUAUUCCAAAAGUUAAAAAGAAAAUUCAAUAUUACGAUGGUAAAAUACCCGAUAAUGAGAAUGAAAAUCUCCGUAAGCUAAAAGAAGGAAUAAAUGCAUUUGAAGAGAUACUGUCCGUGUUGUCUGCAGAUUUGUUCAAUUAUAAAUUUAUCUCAUCAGACUUUCUUGACUUAUUUGACUUCACGAAAUCGCAUGCUUUAGAAUAUGAAGUUAUUUUGGAAGAAAUAAAAGAAAGGCCUAAGUUCAUAAAAGAACACGAUAAAGCACUCAUGAAAGAAUGUAAACGUUUAAACGUCAAUAUUCCUGAAUCAGAGGACGAAUGUGACAACAUGGCAAGAAUGGCAGACCAACUAUUUAAUACGAACUCAGACAUUGUUCCUCAAGACUCAUUAGAAGAUAACCAAGAGAAUUCAAACGCGAAUAAGUAUUCUUAUGCAACACACACAAAGUCACCUAAGUUUCCAAGUAAAUUUUAUGAUGGAGUCUCUCAGAGACGAUUGAUAUUGAUGUCAAAAAUGUGUCAUUUUGGGUUUGUUGUGGAAGAUAUCGAUAAGCUAUUCAUAAAUACAAUACAAUCAUUUGAUAAAAGUGACUGGGAGAUGGAAAAAUGGCGUGAUUCAUUGGACAUAUUACUUGAAUUUUCAAAAUCUGUUAUACCAGCCUCAGCAAUAAUUGAAGGGUUCGAAGCUAUAACAGGAUGUAAACCACAAAACGAACAACAGUAUUAUACGAUAACAAAUCGGCUACUAGAAUUAUAUUUUAAAGUAGAUCAACGAAAUGGACUGGAUGAUUCUAACAUAUGGUGUUAUAUUGUGAGUACUAAAAAUCACAAAUAUUUUGACAUGAUUAUGAGGUUUGCCGGAAAACCAAGUAACGAAAUCUUAGCAUUAAUGCAUACAUAA